CCAACACAAGAGAGAUUUAUUUUCCAAACGACAGAAAACAAGAACAAUUAGAAUAAGCAGCAAACGGUUGGUGUUGGGUUGGGUUUUAUUACAAUAAAAUACGCGAUUUAAUUCAGUUAAAUACGGGUCAACAAUCGUACAAACUAGGAAUAUUAGACAUUGAGCUUAAGUGAAUAAAAUCAGUGAAAACAUGAGCAAAAAGUGCGCUAGGUGUGAAAAAACCGUGUAUCCCACUGAAGAAUUAAAGUGUCUGGAUAAAAUAUGGCAUAAACCAUGCUUUAAAUGCAAAGAGUGUGGAAUGGCAUUAAACAUGAGAACUUAUAAAGGAUUUAAUAAGGAACCAUACUGUGAUGCUCAUAUACCGAAAGCAAAAGCGACCACAAUGGCGGAAACCCCCGAACUGAAACGCAUCGCCGAGAACACGAAGCUGCAAUCCAACGUCAAUUACCACGCCGACUUCGAGAAAAGCAAGGGCAAGUUCACGCAGGUGGCGGACGAUCCGGAAACGCUUCGGAUCAAACAGAACACGAAAAUUAUCAGCAACGUCGCGUAUCACGGAGAACUACAGCGCAAGGCGCAGAUGGAACAGAUGAGGUCGAUUAACGAGAACGGGUACAAGGAGGUGGACCAGAAGAAUGCGAACAUAAACGCGCACACGAACGUGAAUGCGCAUGCGCCGCCUGUGAUUAGCGCGAAUCAGUACCAGCCGCCUCCGCCGGUGCAACAGCAGCAGCAGCAGCACCAUCAGCCUCAGCCGCAACCCGUCGUACAUCACGCGCCGCCUCAGAAUGUUUUGAUGCAAUCUUCACAGCCCGCUAUCGUCAACCCGAACAGCAUCGGCAAAAUCAGCGACUACGAUCCGCAAAACUCGGCGCAGCAAUUCACCAGCCCGUACUCGAACCGCACCUCGCAAACCUUGAUCUACUCGUCGGAAGUGGGCUCGGUGAACGCCGCGCCCGCGCGGCACAUCGGCUCCGUGCACGACAUGGACCCCGUCAACCACAACUACGGCUCGCUGGGUCGCGUCUACCGCGCCAUGUACGACUACGAGGCGCAGGACGACGACGAGGUCAGCUUCGUCGACGGCGACCUGAUAAUCAACGUCAGCCGGAUCGACGGCGGCUGGAUGACCGGCGAAGUCGAGCGUACCGGGCAGGUGGGCAUGCUGCCGGCCAACUACGUUCAGCUGGCGAGCAUCUAGCUCGACAUAGUAUCACAAUUUGAUCACGAGACUGAGACGAGGGGUCGCUUUUUAUGUAAGUUCUAUAACUAGAGAAAUAACAAGGGUGGUAAACACGUUGGCCUCUUACAAAGUUUUUUGAGAAUUUGUAAAAUAUCUUCUUAAUGUAUUUUUGGUCAAUUCUCAUAUAACUUGUUCCAAUGCUGUAUCCUUUUAUUUUUGUGAAAACUAAUUCUCGCUCAAUGUUUUUUUUAGUGUAAUAAGCAUGUAGCAUUUCAAGGUAAUGGGAACUU